CUAGAAAACAUGUCGACAGCAAAACAUGGCCCAUGGUAGUUUCUAAAGGAAGGUAUCACUGUGCACAAGAGUCUCUUCUUGCAGUAACUCUUGCAAUUCUUGAACAAUUAAGGGGGACGGAAAUUAAGUAGCUCAACAUUUUGGGAAAGCAGGUAGAGGAGACAGCUGAGGGGGUCUCACUAGGGACAGGAGUAUCAUCAUAUUUACAUUCAGAGAAUCCAGUUGGGCUAAAGUAGGAAAAAAAAGGAAACUCAUUAGUUGAAGUAUUUAUCACUUACAACUGCGACAGGAGGUGGUGGUUACAUCUUCUCUGAAAGUUUGUUCCUGCAAAGCCUUUGAGGCUCAUCUAAUUCUACAGCAGCUCUGGGAUUACUGACCGCUUUGCAGCACUGGGCUUGUGUGAAGGACUCAGAGUUCUGGUGAAUUAUAGUGCUAAGUCUCUGGAGAUGGGCAUGUCAGGACAUGUUUGAAAUAUGAGGAGGAAUUUCUACAGGCAGCUGUGAGUGAUGCAGAGGAAAUGCAAUUAACCACUCAGAACAUAACUGGAAUACUUUUGUAGUGAAAAGUGCUGGGGCACUAGGAAAUACCCAUGGGUGCAGUUUUAUGCUGUACCAAAAGAACAGAUUCCAGGUUAGAUCACCAUGAAAGUUACGCUUUCUUUCUAAGCUGGAAACCUUGCCAGUGUAUUCCUGGCACUUUCACUGGUUCUUAUCACAAGCCAUUGCUGUUAUUUUCUCUCAACAUUCGUGCCUCCUCUGGGGUGAUGUGAUUUUCUGGUUAGGGAAUCCCUUUAAGGCUGUUCCUUUGCCUUUCCUCUGGGAAGAUUUUGUCGCAUGACUUUCAAAGAGCUGUUUGAAAUGUCACUGCUGCAGACUGACUGUAGGUCUCCCUUUACUACUAGGCAGAGACCAGCUUUGUUUGGGGAAAUCUGUUUUGAACCAAUUUGUUUCUGCUGCAGUGAACGUUUCAGGGAGCUGGUUAGCAUCUCCUCUGAGUGUGCUGGUUACAAACAGACAUGGGCAGAAUCCCAGGAGGGAGUCCUGGCAAAAGUACAGAACCUAAGUGCCUGGAAAGACUGCAGUGUCACCCUCACUGAUCAGCUCCAAAGACGUAAAUGUGUGUUAGCAAUCUCUCUACAGACCGAGCAUGGAGACACAGCAGGAGAAAUGUAGGGCUCUGGCAGCCAAAUUCUUACAAAUCUAAAUGCCUUGAUUUAAGCUACAGCUGUCACUAGCUCCCUAGUGAGUGACAUCCUUGCAGGAAAGGCUGAAGGUAGAGGCACACACCAGUGGUGCUGGGCUUUGGCCGGGGUGGCAGAAGGGACAGCACAUGUUCCCUCCUGCCUCUCCCGUAGGAGUGGGGCAGAGGAGGCAGCAAUGCCGAGCACCACGUCACUGUGUGCUCUUUCAGCCCGAGGCAGAGCCCCUGCAACACCUCACAAGUCACCACGUAUUAACAAAGCUGCUCCAGGCAGCAGCUGCAGCGUCUCAGGAAUUGAUACUGUUGUCAGGGCUGAACUGCUGUGGUUACCUGUGGUUACCUGCCUGCUGAGCGGUGUAGUUAUGAAGCCAAUUGUAAGGCUGUUGCUCCUGUGUUGCCCCAGCCAGAGCGUAACAGAUGUGAUUUGGCUGUAGCGAUGUCUUAUGACUGUGUUCCUCCACAGGCUGGUGGGUGGGAAUAGGGGAGGAGAGGAAAACAGGGGAGAUUUGGGACUCAGACUUUCUACUUCCUCUCUGAGCUCUGCAGAAACCUAUCAGCUCUUCUCACUGCGACCAACUUUGUUUCCCCUUGUCUGAGUCCAAAGUGCACGUGAGGAGCGCAGGAGUUGGUCACCAGGCACAGUAACCGUGCAAGAGCAGGCAUGUGGUCAGGAGUCUGAGCUCUGUGGACGGAGUCGAAGCUGUGACACAUCCCAGCACCGAGAAGGCUCCACUUUGGUGCAAGGCUGAGAGGCAGUAAGUUGAGAUUGAGGCCUUUUUGAAGAUCCCAAGCACUAUGUCGCUGUGGGCUCCCGUGAGAAGAUCACUCCAGCUUUGUAGCCGGUACUACCCCGUUCGUGCCUCUUUGAGUUAUGAAGCCAUAAAACAACAGUGCAGACCAGAGGUGCCAGAGUACUUCAACUUUGCCAGAGAUGUGCUGGACAGGUGGACUGAAGUGGAAAAGCAGGGAAGAAAGUCUAAAAACCCCGCAUUAUGGUGGGUAGAUGGUGCCGGAGAAGAGGUGAGGUGGAGCUUUGAGGAGCUGGGUGUGCUGUCCAGGAAAGCAGCAAAUGUUCUCUCUGAUGCCUGCGGUCUGCGACAGGGAGAGAGAGUUAUUGUGAUUCUGCCCCGGAUCCCAGAGUGGUGGCUGGUGAAUGUGGCCUGCAUGAGAACAGGAACUGUCCUGAUUCCUGGCACACAGCAAUUGACAGCCAAGGACAUUCUCCAUCGACUGCAGAAAUCCCAGGCGAAGUGUAUCAUCACUGGUGAUGUUGUGGCACCAGCUGUAGACUCAGUUGGGGCUGAAUGCCAGUCUCUGAAAUUCAAGUUGCUUGUGUCAGAGGGCCACAGAGAAGGAUGGCUGAACUUUAAAGAUCUCCUGAAAAAUGCUCCUUCUGAUCACCACUGUGUGAACACAAAGUGUCGAGAUCCAAUGGCCAUCUAUUUUACCAGUGGAACUACAGGAUCCCCAAAAAUGGCUGAACAUUCCCACUGCAGCUAUGGUGUUGGCUUGACAGUAAAUGCAAGGUACUGGCUGGAUUUGACUUCCUCAGAUGUAUUUUGGAACACGUCAGACACAGGCUGGGCAAAGUCAGCUUGGAGCAGCGUCUUUUCCCCCUGGAUUCAAGGGGCAUGUGUGUUUAUACAUAAGAUGCCACACUUCAACCCAGCCAUCGUCUUGGAGAGUCUGUCAAGAUUUCCCAUAACCAUCUUCUGUUCUCCUCCAACUGCCUAUCGAAUGUUUGCGCAACAUAAACUGUCCAGCUAUACAUUCAAAAGCCUGCGGCACUGUGUGAGUGCUGGGGAGCCAAUCAACCCUGAGGUGAUGGAACAAUGGAAAGCGCAGACUGGGCUGGAUAUUUAUGAAGGCUAUGGACAGACAGAAACUGUGCUGAUCUGUGGCAAUUCUAAAGGAAUGAAAAUCAAACCUGGCUCUAUGGGAAGACCAUCUCCGUGCUACGAUGUCAAGAUUAUAGAUGAAAACAGUAAUAUUCUGCCUCCUGGAAAAGAAGGAGAUAUUGCCAUCAGAGUUAAACCUACGAGAUCGCCUUUUCUUUUUACUUGCUAUGCUGAUGAUCCUGAGAAAACAGAGGCAACAAUACGUGGAGACUUUUAUGUCACUGGGGACAGGGGGAUUAUGGAUGAGGAUGGAUACUUCUGGUUUGUUGGAAGAGCUGAUGAUGUCAUUAAUUCUGCUGGAUACCGUAUUGGACCAUUUGAAGUAGAAAGCGCCCUGGUGGAGCAUCCUGCAGUGGUGGAAUCUGCAGUUGUCAGCAGUCCAGACCCCACCAGAGGAGAGGUAGUGAAAGCCUUUGUUGUUUUAAGAUCUGAAUAUGCUUCACAUGAUCCAGAAAAAAUGAUAAAAGAGCUACAAGACCACGUUAAGAAAGUUACUGCUCCAUACAAGUAUCCUAGGAAGAUUGAGUUUGUUCAACAGCUGCCAAAAACUGUUAGUGGGAAGAUCAGAAGAAAUGAACUGCGCCAGAAGGAGUGGAGAAAAGAUUAGAAGUACUUGUUGCUUUUUAAUAGGAUUUUUUACAAAUUAAGAUAUUGCAGAUUUACACAGUAAUGUAGAAUAAAAGACAUCAUACUAUGUCCUUCUUAGUUUAGGUUUGCAUAAAUUCUUACCUGAUUCCCAGCAUUUGGCUGUCCCAGGUGCUACACUAAUAGCUAAUAGUAGUGCAGGCAGACUGAUAGAAAUGAAAUGGGAAACUCAUGUAGUCAAGAGUACAAUAGCUGAUGUGUGUUAAAUAAAGUAUUUGAUGAAGUCUCA